AUGGAGCCAGACUGGGCAUAUUUGCCAUCACUUGCUCUCAAUUUGAUUCUUGACAAGUUGGGAGAACGACUGGAUCAUGUUUGGUUCGGUGCAGUGUGCAAGAAUUGGUGCUCGGUUGCAAAGCUAAACCACCAACACCACCAAUUCAGGGGUAAAGUACUGCCGAUGCUAAUGAUCCCAACAAAAAGAAAGAGCAGAAUAGAGAGAAAUUUGUAUGGCAUUGUAUCCGAGACAGUUUACAACUUUAAAUUGCCUGUGCCUUAUUCUAAGAAGUGCUGUGGUUCAAGCCAUGGCUGGCUAGCAACGGUGGAUCCUGAUUAUGUUGUAACACUUAUGAAUCCUUUCAAGAAUUUAAAAAUUCGUCUGCCACGCCUCAAUCGUGGAUUGUCAAAUAAGUGCUACUACGAACGCAAUAUGCGUAAGGUUACUUUAUCUGCUGAUCCCAUAAGCAACCCGAAUGAUUAUGUGGUAGCUGCAGUUCACAGUGAACGUUGUUGUCUUGCUUUCAUAAGAAGAGGUCAAAAGUUUUGGACCUAUAUUCGCAAUGACUUUUUUUGCUUCACUGAUAUUACAUUCUACAAAGGUCGAGUAUAUGCUGUGGGAAGAUGGAAUAACAUUGUGUCAUUCGAUCUUUGUUAUUCAGAUGACCCUUACGGAACUGAGAAGAUAAUGCCAAAUGUUCUUUAUAGAGGAGGCCGUAAAGAACCGUAUUCGGAUCGAGCCUAUCUUGUGAAAUCAUUGGAAGGAGACUUGUGGAUGGUUAAAAGAUUUUUGGGUUUCUACUUCACCAGUGAAGAUAGCGACGUGACCAGCACUGGUACUAAAAGGUUUGAAGUGUAUAAGUUGGAAUUGGAUUUCCAAAGUGGGAAGCUUUUGCAAGCGUUGAAACUGGAGAGUUUGGGAGAUAAUAUUCUGUUUGUGGGUGAUAACGAUUCAAUUUCUGUGUCUGCUUCGUAUUUCUCUAAUUGUCUACGUAGAGAUUCAAUCUACUACACUGACGAUUACAACGAGGAAGAACCAAGCCCUUACCAAUCUGGCCCAUUUGAUAAUGGCAUUUAUAAUGUUAAGGAUGGAAGCUUUGCUAAACAUUAUCCUUAUAAUCCUUCUUUCAAGCGGAUGCCACCACCAUUCUGGAUUCUACCACCGUUCCAGUGGGACCGAGUGGAAAUAGAUCAGCUCAUGUGA